GUGACGUCACUGCGCGCGCCGCAACUUGUUGCCGGGCAGCGAUGGCGGCUACCCUGGAGUCCUCGGUGGACGACCCCCUGCGGAACUUCGUUCGAGUUUUGGAAAAGCGAGAUGGCACGGUGUUACGACUGCAGCAGAAUGGCUCCGGCGGCGUGGGCUGCGUUGUUUGGGACGCUGCCAUUGUCCUUUCUAAGUACUUGGAAACGCCCGGGUUUUCCGGCGAUGGGGCCCACGCUCUGAGCCGGCGAUCGGUGCUGGAGCUGGGCUCUGGCACUGGGGCCGUGGGGCUCAUGGCUGCUACCCUUGGGGCUGAUGUUGUGGUCACAGAUCUUGAGGAAUUGCAAGACUUGCUGAAGAUUAAUAUUAAUAUGAACAAGCAUCUUGUCACUGGUUCUGUUCAAGCCAAGGUACUGAAAUGGGGGGAAGAAAUAGAAGACUUUACUUCUCCGCCAGACUACAUACUGAUGGCUGACUGCAUAUACUAUGAAGAGUCUUUGGAGCCAUUGUUGAAAACUCUAAAAGAUCUUAGUGGAUUUGAGACUUGUAUUAUAUGUUGUUACGAACAACGAACAAUGGGAAAAAAUCCAGAAAUUGAGAAAAAAUAUUUUGAGCUCCUCCAGCUAGACUUUGACUUUGAAAAAAUUCCUUUGGAGAAACAUGAUGAAGAAUAUCGAAGCGAGGAUAUUCAUAUCUUAUACAUCAGAAAGAAAAAAUCGAAAUCUCCAUCGUGAAAUCUUUAGUCGUCUUACCCAAACCUCUAACAACCUGGGUAAGCUAAAGAUGUGAAUGGUGAAUGGAGCAUGUGAAUACAGCAUGGGAAGAUUGUGUUCAUAGAUUUUUCCAGCAUGUCCAUAGAGAUUUGAUAUAUAACUGACAACCACCAUGGGCUGCCUGCAAUUUGAAAAAUGAUUACUGCCUGCCUGCCUGCCAAUGGGCCUGAAAUCCAACUUAGUUUACUUGUAGCUCAG